GCCAACUGCUGCGCGUCUUCCGGCGGCCGAGGAGGCCGCGGGGGCGGGGCGCGGGGCGGAGCCCGGUUUGGGCAGAGGAGGGGACGGCUGUCAUCAAUGAAGUCAUAUUCAUAAUCUAGUCCUCUCUCCCUCUGUUUCUGUACUCUGGGUGACUCAGAGAGGGAAGAGAUUCAGCCAGCACACUGCUCGCGAGCAAGCGUCUCUCUACUGACUGGCAGACGGGAGAAGUAGAUGUCCACGCCCACAGACCCAGCUGCAAUGCCCCACCCUGGGCCCUCGCCAGGGCCCGGACCUUCUCCUGGACCGAUUCUGGGACCCAGUCCAGGACCAGGACCUUCCCCAGGCUCCGUCCACAGCAUGAUGGGGCCAAGUCCUGGGCCCCCCAGCGUCUCACAUCAGAUGCCAGCCAUGGGCUCUGCCGACUUCCCUCAGGAAGGCAUGCAUCAGCUGCAUAAACCCAUGGAUGGGAUGCUCGACAAGGGGAUUGUGGAAGACCUCCAUUGUACAACCAUGAAGGGCACUGGUAUGCGACCUCCUCACCCAGGAAUGGGCCCUCCCCAGAGUCCCAUGGAUCAACACAGCCAAGGUUAUCUGUCACCACACCCAUCUCCGUUGGGCGCCCCAGAACACGUCUCCAGCCCUAUAUCUGGAGGAGGCCCAACGCCGCCCCAGAUGCCACCAAGCCAGCCAGGACCUCUUAUCCCAGGUGAUCCACAAACCAUGAACCAGGCCAACAGGGGUCCCUCGCCUUUCAGUCCUGUCCAGCUGCAUCAGCUGCGGGCCCAGAUUUUAGCUUACAAAAUGCUGGCCCGGGGCCAGCCCCUCCCUGAAACACUGCAGCUUGCAGUCCAGGGGAAAAGGACACUGCCUGGCAUGCAGCAGCAGCAGCAGCAGCAACAACAACAACAACAACAGCAGCAGCAGCAGCAGCAACAACAACAACAACAGCAGCAGCAGCAGCAGCAGCAGCAGCAGCAGCAGCAGCAGCAGCAGCAGCAGCAGGCAACACCACAGCCGCAGCCACAACCACAGCCGCAGCAGCAGCCAGUGCUUGUUAACUAUAGCAGACCAUCUGGCCCAGGACUGGAGGUGGUGAGCGGGACCAGCACCCCGCAGAAGCUGCAGGUGCCCGUGACCAGUGGCCGGCCCUCUCCUGCACCCCCUGCCACCGCACCGCCCACCAAUGCUGUGCCUGGCCCCUCUGUCCAGCAGCCAGCCCCGGGACAGCCCUCGCCUGUCCUUCAGCUGCAGCAGAAGCAGAGCCGCAUCAGCCCCAUCCAGAAGCCUCAGGGCCUGGACCCCGUGGAAAUCCUGCAGGAGCGGGAGUACAGACUUCAGGCACGCAUAGCUCAUAGGAUACAAGAACUGGAAAAUCUACCUGGCUCUUUGCCACCAGAUUUACGAACCAAAGCGACCGUGGAACUGAAAGCACUUCGGUUACUCAAUUUCCAGCGUCAGCUGAGACAGGAGGUGGUGGCCUGCAUGCGCCGGGACACCACCCUCGAGACAGCCCUCAACUCCAAAGCCUACAAACGGAGCAAGCGGCAGACUCUGCGAGAAGCACGCAUGACUGAGAAGCUGGAGAAGCAGCAGAAGAUUGAGCAGGAGCGAAAGCGCCGGCAGAAACACCAGGAAUACCUGAAUAGUAUUUUGCAACAUGCAAAAGAUUUUAAGGAAUACCAUCGAUCCGUGGCUGGGAAGAUCCAGAAACUUUCCAAAGCAGUGGCAACCUGGCAUGCCAAUACUGAAAGGGAGCAGAAGAAGGAGACAGAGCGGAUUGAGAAGGAGAGAAUGCGGAGACUAAUGGCUGAAGAUGAAGAGGGCUACAGGAAACUGAUCGAUCAAAAGAAAGACAGGCGUUUAGCCUACCUUUUGCAGCAGACUGACGAGUAUGUGGCCAAUCUCACCAACUUGGUUUGGGAGCACAAGCAAGCCCAAGCGGCCAAAGAGAAAAAGAAGAGGAGGAGGAGGAAGAAGAAAGCUGAAGAGAAUGCAGAGGGAGGGGAGUCUGCCCUAGGACCGGAUGGAGAGCCAAUAGAUGAGAGUAGCCAGAUGAGUGAUCUGCCUGUCAAAGUGACGCACACAGAAACUGGCAAGGUCCUGUUCGGACCAGAAGCUCCCAAAGCAAGUCAACUGGAUGCCUGGUUGGAAAUGAACCCUGGUUACGAAGUUGCCCCUAGAUCUGACAGUGAAGAGAGUGAUUCUGACUACGAGGAGGAGGAUGAGGAAGAAGAGUCCAGUAGGCAGGAAACAGAAGAGAAAAUCCUUCUAGAUCCCAACAGUGAAGAAGUUUCUGAAAAGGAUGCUAAACAGAUAAUCGAGACAGCAAAGCAAGAUGUGGAUGAUGAGUACAGUAUGCAGUACAGUGCCAGAGGGUCCCAGUCCUACUACACUGUGGCUCACGCCAUCUCAGAGAGGGUAGAGAAGCAGUCUGCCCUCCUCAUUAAUGGGACCCUAAAGCAUUACCAGCUCCAGGGCCUGGAAUGGAUGGUUUCCUUGUAUAAUAACAAUUUGAAUGGAAUCUUAGCUGAUGAAAUGGGGCUAGGCAAGACCAUACAGACCAUUGCACUCAUCACUUACCUGAUGGAGCACAAAAGACUCAAUGGCCCCUAUCUCAUCAUUGUUCCCCUUUCGACUCUAUCUAACUGGACAUAUGAAUUUGACAAGUGGGCUCCUUCGGUGGUGAAAAUUUCUUACAAGGGUACCCCUGCAAUGCGCCGCUCCCUUGUCCCCCAGCUACGGAGUGGCAAAUUCAAUGUCCUCUUGACUACUUACGAGUACAUUAUAAAAGACAAGCACAUUCUUGCAAAGAUUCGGUGGAAAUACAUGAUCGUGGACGAAGGCCACCGAAUGAAGAAUCACCACUGCAAGCUGACUCAGGUCUUGAACACUCACUAUGUGGCCCCCAGAAGAAUCCUCUUGACCGGGACCCCAUUGCAGAAUAAGCUCCCUGAACUCUGGGCCCUCCUCAACUUCCUCCUCCCUACAAUUUUCAAGAGCUGCAGCACAUUUGAACAGUGGUUUAAUGCUCCAUUUGCCAUGACUGGAGAAAGGGUGGACUUAAAUGAAGAAGAAACCAUACUGAUCAUCAGGCGUCUUCACAAGGUGCUGAGACCAUUUUUAUUGAGGAGAUUGAAGAAAGAAGUUGAAUCUCAGCUUCCAGAAAAAGUUGAAUAUGUGAUCAAGUGUGACAUGUCAGCUCUACAGAAGAUCCUCUAUCGCCACAUGCAGGCCAAGGGCAUCCUCCUCACAGAUGGCUCUGAGAAAGAUAAGAAGGGAAAAGGAGGUGCAAAGACUCUUAUGAACACUAUCAUGCAGCUGAGAAAGAUCUGUAAUCACCCCUAUAUGUUUCAGCACAUUGAGGAAUCCUUUGCUGAACACCUGGGCUAUUCAAAUGGGGUCAUCAAUGGGGCUGAGCUGUAUCGGGCCUCGGGAAAGUUUGAGCUACUUGAUCGUAUUCUGCCAAAACUGAGAGCGACUAAUCACCGAGUGCUGCUUUUCUGCCAGAUGACGUCUCUCAUGACCAUCAUGGAGGAUUACUUCGCUUUCCGGAACUUCCUUUACCUGCGUCUUGAUGGCACCACCAAGUCUGAAGAUCGUGCUGCUUUGCUGAAAAAAUUCAAUGAACCUGGGUCCCAGUAUUUCAUUUUCUUGUUGAGCACCCGAGCAGGAGGCCUGGGAUUAAACCUCCAGGCGGCUGACACAGUGGUCAUCUUUGACAGCGACUGGAACCCGCAUCAGGAUCUGCAAGCACAAGACCGGGCUCAUCGCAUUGGUCAACAGAACGAGGUCCGGGUGCUGAGACUCUGCACCGUGAACAGUGUGGAGGAAAAGAUUCUCGCAGCUGCAAAAUACAAGCUGAAUGUGGAUCAGAAAGUUAUCCAGGCUGGCAUGUUCGAUCAGAAGUCUUCAAGCCAUGAGCGGAGAGCAUUUCUGCAGGCCAUACUGGAGCACGAAGAGGAAAAUGAGGAAGAAGAUGAAGUACCAGAUGAUGAGACUCUGAACCAAAUGAUUGCGCGGCGAGAAGAGGAGUUUGACCUUUUUAUGCGAAUGGACAUGGACCGGCGGAGAGAAGAUGCCCGGAAUCCCAAGCGCAAGCCUCGCUUAAUGGAGGAAGAUGAGCUGCCCUCCUGGAUUAUUAAGGAUGAUGCUGAAGUGGAAAGGCUCACGUGUGAGGAGGAGGAAGAGAAAAUCUUUGGUAGGGGGUCUCGUCAGCGCCGCGAUGUGGACUACAGCGAUGCCCUCACGGAGAAGCAGUGGCUCAGGGCCAUUGAAGACGGCAAUUUGGAAGAAAUGGAAGAGGAAGUACGGCUUAAGAAGAGAAAAAGACGAAGAAAUGUGGAUAAAGAUCCUGCGAAGGAAGAUGUAGAAAAAGCUAAGAAGAGGAGAGGCCGCCCUCCAGCUGAGAAACUGUCACCAAAUCCCCCCAAACUGACAAAACAGAUGAACGCCAUCAUCGAUACUGUGAUCAACUACAAGGAUAGGUGUAACGCGGAGAAGGUGCCCAGUAAUUCUCAGUUGGAAAUAGAAGGAAACAGUUCAGGGCGGCAGCUCAGUGAAGUCUUCAUUCAGUUACCUUCCAGGAAAGAGUUACCAGAAUACUAUGAAUUAAUUAGGAAGCCAGUGGAUUUCAAAAAAAUAAAGGAAAGAAUUCGUAAUCAUAAGUACCGGAGCCUGGGUGACCUGGAGAAGGAUGUCAUGCUUCUCUGCCACAACGCUCAGACAUUCAAUUUGGAAGGAUCCCAGAUCUAUGAAGACUCCAUCGUCUUACAGUCAGUGUUUAAGAGUGCGCGGCAGAAAAUUGCCAAAGAGGAAGAAAGUGAGGAGGAAAGCAAUGAAGAAGAGGAAGAGGAAGAUGAAGAGGAGUCUGAAUCUGAGGCAAAAUCUGUUAAGGUGAAAAUCAAACUCAAUAAAAAAGAUGAGAAAGGCCGGGACAAAGGGAAAGGCAAGAAAAGGCCAAAUCGAGGAAAAGCAAAGCCUGUAGUGAGUGAUUUUGACAGCGACGAAGAACAGGAUGAAAACGAACAGUCAGAAGCAAGUGGGACCGAUGAUGAGUGAUCCUUGUGGACAUUUUAUCCAUGGUAGAUCUGAAUAGUUUCCUCCCCUCUCUCAUUUUGACCCAGUGAAUUCACCUGUCAUUUGGGCACUGGGUUCUUUCUGUGUGCUCAUCAUCAUCUUAUAAACUAGCUUUAGAAUAGUGCCAGACAAACAUAUGAUAUCAUGGUGUAAAAAACACACGCAAAUAUUUGUAACAUAUUGUGACCAAAUGGGCCUCAAAGAUUCAAAGAUUAAAACAAAAGCUUUUGAUGGAAAAUGAGGGUGGAUAGUAUAUUUCUAUGGGUGGGUCUAAUUUGGUAAUGGUUUGUGCCUGGUUUUAUCACCUGUUCAGAUGAGAUUUUUGUCUUUUGUAGCACUGGUAACCAGGAGAAGCCAUUAAAAGCCACUGGUUAUUUUAUUUUUCAUCAGGCAAUUUUCAAGAUUUUUAUUUGUUCGGUAUUGUUUUUUUUACACUGUGGUACAUAUAAGCAACUUUAAUAGGUGAUAAAUGUACAGUAGUUAGAUUUCACCUACAUAUACAUUUUUCCACUUUAUGCUCUAUGAUCUGAAAAAUGCUUUUUGAAUUGUAUAAGAUUUAUGUCUACUGUAAACAUUGCUUAAUUUUUUUGAUCUUGAUUUUUAAAAGUUUUGUUGAAUUUGCUAUUGGAUAUUGCAGUCUAUAUAGUGUACUGGAUGGCUUCUUUUGUCCACCUGAUUUCCUAUGGUACCAAUGUGUAUUGUCUCCUUCUCCCUAAAGUGUACUUAAUCUUUGCUUUCUUUGCACAAUGUCUUUGGUUGCAAGUCAUAAGCCUGAGGCAAAUAAAAUUCCAGUAAUUUCGAAGAAUGUGGUGUUGGUGCUUUCCUAAUAAACAUAAUUUCGCUCCA